CGCAGUUUAUUCUGUUUUUCUAUCCGCGAAGUGCAGAGUUUGACGCUAUGGCAAGAACCAAGCAGACCGCCCGUAAGUCCACCGGUGGCAAGGCGCCAAGGAAGCAGCUCGCCACUAAGGCUGCCCGCAAGAGUGCGCCGGCUACCGGCGGCGUGAAGAAGCCUCACCGUUACAGGCCCGGCACCGUGGCUCUGAGGGAGAUCCGUCGUUAUCAGAAGUCUACUGAGCUGCUCAUCCGCAAGCUGCCCUUCCAGCGCCUGGUGAGAGAAAUCGCUCAGGACUUCAAGACCGACUUGCGUUUCCAGAGCUCGGCCGUCAUGGCCCUGCAGGAAGCGAGCGAGGCAUACCUGGUCGGUCUGUUCGAGGACACCAACCUGUGCGCUAUCCACGCCAAGAGAGUGACCAUCAUGCCCAAGGAUAUUCAGCUGGCCCGCCGUAUUCGCGGAGAACGCGCUUAAACCACAACUCCGUCUAAUAAACACAAAGGCUCUUUUAAGA